GCUGCGUCAAGGGGCGGCUCCGGGAUGCGGGGACUGCGGUAGAGCCGAUCCCGCCCCCGCCGCCCGCCGCCGAUCACCGCGCUCACCGCCGCCGCCGGCCUCCCGCGUCCCCCGCCGGGACGACCACCCAGAGCCACCGGAGACCCCCGACACCCGGCCCGAGGCACCGGUAACCCGCGGAUUCGCCCCGGGGCGCGCCAUGAAGUCUGCGGCCAGCUCGCGCGGGGGCGGUGGGGGAGGCCGCGGGGGCGGCGGCUGGGGCGGCUGGAGCGGAGGCCGAGGCGGCGGCGGCGGCGGUGGCGGAGGCGCGGGCAAAGGCGGCGGGGGCGACGGCGCCGGCGGCCCGGGGGGAAAGGGCGGCUUCGGGGCGCGGGCGCGCGGCUUCAGCGGGGGCGGCCGGGGCCGGGGGCGCGGCGGCGGGGACGGCAGGGAUCGCGGCGGCGGCGGGCAGCGGCGGGGCGGAGUGGCCAAGAGCAGGAGCCGCCGCAGGAAGGGCGCCAUGGUGGUGUCGGUGGAGCCGCACCGGCACGAGGGCGUCUUCAUCUACCGCGGGGCGGAGGACGCGCUGGUCACGCUGAACAUGGUGCCCGGCCUCUCGGUGUACGGCGAGAGGCGCGUCACGGUGACUGAGGGCGGCGUGAAGCAGGAGUACCGCACGUGGAACCCGUUCCGCUCCAAGCUGGCCGCGGCCAUCCUGGGCGGGGUGGACCAGAUCCACAUCAAGCCCAAGUCCAAGGUGCUGUACCUGGGCGCCGCGUCGGGCACCACGGUCUCCCACGUCUCUGACAUCAUCGGCCCGGACGGCCUGGUCUACGCCGUCGAGUUCUCCCACCGCGCCGGCCGCGACCUGGUCAACGUGGCCAAGAAGCGCACCAACAUCAUCCCGGUCCUGGAGGACGCGCGGCACCCGCUCAAGUACCGCAUGCUCAUCGGGAUGGUGGACGUGAUCUUCGCCGACGUGGCCCAGCCCGACCAGUCCCGCAUCGUGGCUCUGAACGCCCACACCUUCCUGCGCAACGGGGGCCACUUUCUCAUCUCCAUCAAGGCCAACUGCAUCGACUCCACUGCAUCCGCCGAGGCUGUGUUUGCUUCUGAGGUGAGGAAGUUGCAGCAGGAGAACUUGAAGCCUCAAGAGCAGCUGACCCUGGAGCCGUAUGAGAGGGACCACGCUGUGGUGGUCGGAGUCUACCGGCCUCUUCCCAAGAGCAGCAGCAAGUAGCACCCAGCUCAGGCCCGCCCGCCAUCUCCCCAAGCCGGUGUUGUGUUUGCUGUUAUUUUCUAUGUGUUUUCUUUGUGCGUGUUUUCUUUUGUUGUUUUUCUAUUAAACUGCGUAAAGAAACGG